AUGGAUAAAGAAAAAAGGACUAAAUAUUUAGGCGAAAGACGUACACUACCCAUAUGGCCACAUAAGGCGAAAUUAUUGGAUCUCAUUAGAAACAAUCAAUUCGUAGUCAUUGUCAGCUCAACAGGCUCCGGUAAGACUACUCAAAUACCUCAGUUCUUACUUGAUUCUGGAAUGGCUGCCACUGGAAUGAUUGGAAUUACUCAGCCUCGUCGUAUUGCCGCUAUUUCUGUAGCUGAACGCGUCUCAGAUGAAACUGGUGCAGUAUCACUGUCUACCGGAAAAGUUGGAUAUAAAGUCCGUUUCGAUAAUUCUACAAUCCCAGAACAAACUCAAAUCUGCUUUCUUACUGAAGGAUCUUUGCUUCGAGAAGCUGAAAUGUUUCCAGAUCUUAGGCAAUAUUCUAUUGUCAUUCUCGACGAAGCUCACGAACGCUCGGUCAAUAUGGAAUUCUUAUUCGGUGUUCUCAAACGUGCUAGCUCUAUUCGUGAAAAUUCGAAUAACCCCUUAAAGGUCAUUGUGAUGUCAGCUACGAUAGAUCCAGAGCCAUAUAUUAAAUAUUUUGGAGAAAAACAAACUCAUGCUGUGUACAUAGAUGGCCGUGGACAUGGUCUUAGUACCCGUUCAAUCAAAGAUCCCAUCACGGAUUACGUGAUGCAAGCCGCCUCAACCUGUGUUCAUGUUAACAUAGCAAGCGCCAAUAAUCCCGAGCGAGGUAUUCUCAUAUUCCUCUCAGGCGAAGAUGAGAUCUAUCAAUGCAUCCAUCUGAUUAAGCAUAUUAAUCGAUCGCAUGAAGAGAAGGACAAGAAAGCCUACCCCAUUGAUGUGUACCCGCUCUUUGCUGCCUUGUCACAAGCUGAACAGAAGCGAGCUGUCACCGCUACACGAGCUGGUACUCGAAAAGUCAUUGUUGCUACUAAUAUUGCCGAAACUUCAAUUACUAUACCCGGCAUCUGCAUCGUAAUUGACAGUGGGAAAGUGAAGACCCCAGAAUACGACAGUACCACCGGCAUAGAGCGCCUGCGAGUGAAUUGGAUCACAAAGUCCCAAGCCGCUCAGCGAGCAGGUCGAGCCAAUCGUGAACGCAAAGGCCUUGUAUUUCGUCUUUACACUGAUGAAGAGUAUGAGAACAACAUGGCCUCCUUUCCACCGUCUCAAAUGAUUACCACUCCCACUGCAGACAUUCUUCUUAAUCUCUUCGCUCUAGGCAUCAAGGACUUGGAAACAUUUCCUUGGCUAGAACGACCUGAUACCAAGGCUAUCAAGUCGGGUGUAGACCUACUGCAUCGACUUGGUGCUAUCACCUAUCCUUCAAACAGUCUUUCAAAUGGCUACCUUAAUGGCCUUAGUAAUUUUUAUAACUCUAUCCCUCGCCAAGUCACACUAACAAAGGAGGGUCAGCUGAUGCAGCACUUUCCUCUUUCACCGCGAAUGUCUCGAGUUAUCCUCUCCUCAGCGAAGUACAAUUGUCUUGUCGAAGUCCUUACAAUAAUUAGUAUGCUCUUUGUAUCACCUGUCUUUCAUGUCCCGCAAGACAAACGUGAGGAGUUCAAUGAUAUUUCCAAGCGCUUUCACCAUCCAGAUGGUGAUUUAAUUCGAUUGCUCCAAGUCUUCCGUGGUUAUUCUAAAAUAUCCGACGCUAAAUCGAAUGACACCAACAACAACUCCAUUGCAACCGGUUCUAGUCAUCUGCCUCAAGCCAAACGGCGGAUACUAUGGUGUCGGGAGAAUUUCCUCAUUUUGAAUAGACUGAAAGCAGCCAUCAAGAUUCGAAGCCAACUCCGCGAACUUGUUCUUCGAAGUGGUCUCGGACCCAUUAGUUCCUGUGGAGCCAAUGACUUUACCCCCGUUGCUAAGGCCUUCUUUGAAGUUGGUUUCCGUGAUCAGGUUGCUUCUCUUGUAAAGAACACCUCAGCAAACGGAUUGGUCGAAGGUGGAAGUAACCCUCCUUAUCGAAAGCAUUGUUGCUUACGGACCUCUGAGGGAAAUCCUUCAAUGUGCCUUUCCAUCCAUCCAGAGUCUACGCUCUACGUUCCAGCGGUUGUUGGCAAAAAUCCCCCACAAGCCCUGCUCUACAUUGAAGCCGUCGACAUGGGAUUAUCAGAUGCCGGUGAUCGUGUCUUUAUGCGACACAUCUCCCGUCUACCCUCUGAGUGGCUAAUUGAAGAGGAUCAAGUGAUUGAUGUGGAUGAUGACACUCCAAGUUUGUCGUGUGCUUCAAAUACAACGACCAGUUCAAGUCAGAUGAAUGGCGGAGAUCUGUCCCCAAAAUCUCUCAGUAAAAGGCAGAAGCGAAAAUUGAAGAGGGCUGCUCAAAGGGCCAAACGAAUGAAGGUUGCAGUGGAGAAAAAUUGCUCUUCCAAGCCCGAAUGA